AUGCUGGAGGAAGACCUAGUACAAUGUGAUACAUGCGAGACAGACAUUGUAGGCAAAGCCUGGGGCUGUCAAGACUGUGAAUUCUUCAUUCACAAGUCAUGUAAAGACGUUCCACGAGAGAUCAAACACAAAUCUCAUCGUGACGAAACACUCACCCUCCGAUCUUCCACCCGUUAUGAAUCUGGAAAGUUCUAUUGCAAUGCUUGUCGCGACCCUGGUGAGGGCUUUCACUACCACUGCUCUCCUUGCAAGUUUGAUCUCCACGUGGCAUGCGCUGGCACGCCCUAUACUGUCUACUACGAGAAGCACAAAAAGCCACUUACACUUUGCUAUGAUUUUCCCAUUGAGACUUCUAGAACUGUCUACUGUAAAGUGUGUGACACCAAGAUUAGCAAGAAUGGUUGGGCAUACUAUAACAAAGAUUCCCAUUUUAUUGCUCAUAUUUAUUGUGCAUUCGAUAAUGAAGAGGAGGAUUCGAUUCUCACGAUCCAGGACCGCUUACAAUCCCUUCAAAUGAAAUGA